CUUUUGUCAGAGGAAGUGAAGACAUGACACGUGGUCGUUACCUUGGUAACAAAGCAGUUGCGGGGCGAAAAACAAUCUUCAAACACAUUGUUUUUCAAAGCAGAAGGUAACAUGGAUGAGCUCGAUUUGCUGUUGGAGGAGAUAGCCCUUAAUCCAACUGCUUCAACAAGCACUAAUUCAACUGCCAGUGAGGUGCAAGCUGCAGCCAAAAAUGGACCUAGGAAGAGAUCAAACCUAAAAGUGUACAGCGACCUGACUCCUCCCGUGGAAGCAUCCCAGGAUGACGAUUCUCCCACCAAAGAGCUGGAUUCUAUUUUACAAGAUCUGAUGAGUUUGGGAUCUCAGGAUGCAGAAUCUUCACCACUUUUACAAGAGACAACAGAAGAUGGCCAACAGGGAACCGUCAGUAAUUUGGAUUCAGAUGCAAAGGAUUCCGCAGGGAGCAAAGAUGCAGACAGUAUAGACAAUCUUCUUGGAGGGCUGAAGACUGACCUGGAAAAGAUCGGCGUCCGCACCACAGCCAAGGGUCACUGUGCCGCCUGUAACAAAACCAUUGCGGGGAAGAUGAUCACAGCCAUGGGUGAAAUGUGGCACCCGGAGCACUUUGUGUGUGCGGCGUGUACGACAGAACUGAGCACCACCGGCUAUUUUGAGAGGGAAGGACGUGCGUACUGCACUAAGGACUACCAUCAGCUCUUCUCGCCACGCUGUGCUUACUGCGGAGGGCCCAUUGUACAGAACAUCUUGACAGCUUUGGACCAGACGUGGCAUCCCGAUCACUUCUUCUGCACACACUGCGGGGACUUCUUUGGAGAUGAUGGUUUCCUCGAGAAGGACGGGAAGCCAUAUUGUCGCAAGGACUUCUACCAACUCUUUGCCCCUAAGUGUGCGGGCUGUGGGGAGCCCGUGAUGGAGAAGUACCUGACUGCGGCUAACGGCACAUGGCAUCUGGAAUGCUUCGUCUGUGCGGACUGUCUGAAGCCCUUCUCCGACGGCCGCUUCAUGGAGCUGGACGGGCGGCCGCUCUGCCAGACGCACUUCCACUCCCGGCGGGGCACUCUUUGCGCCGGCUGCCGCCAGCCCAUCGUGGGUCGCUGUGUCUCGGCUAUGGAGAGGAAAUAUCACCCCGAGCACUUUGUGUGCACCUUCUGUCAGAAGCAGCUCAGCCAAGGAAUCUUCAGGGAGCACAGAGGCAAACCCUACUGCCUGGCCUGCCAUCACAAACUCUUAGCCUGACAAGGAAAUGUGGAAAUCAAUCAUUAAUACACUAUACCUAAUGAGAAAAAUAACUUGGCCAUAAUUUUCAAUCCGUGAAUGCCCUUACUUUUUUCUACAUAGGAUCUAAAAUUUAAAAAUAUGGGGGCAUUGAUAGCUUUAGUGCAACGAAGAUGGUAAAACCAUACUUGCCAACCCUCCCGGAUUUUCCGGGAGACUCCCAAAAUUCAGCGCCUCUCCCGAAAACCUCCCGGGACACAUUUUCUCCCGAAAAUCUCCCGAAAUUCAGGCGGACCUGGAGGCCAAGCCCCCUCCAGGUCCGUAUGGAGCAAUGUUGUUGUAAUAUAUUGAGUUGGAGGCAAUAAACAGGCGAGGGGAUGAAGUAUGUCUCUUUACUGUAGACUUCAGAACAGACUCACACACUUGACGUAAGGUGCGCAACACCACGUAAAUCGUUGGCCAACCAAAAAGUAACCACAGUACGCUAUAGCCAACAUUCACCAGGAGAUGGCAACAGACAAACAUAGAUCACUCUAUUACAUUCCAGUCUCUCCAUGUUUUCUCACCAUGGUAACAUGUGAUCCACUUGCACUGUGCGCUGUCUCUGUCCCUCUUGAUAUAUAUAUAUAUAUAUAUAUAUA